AUGGCUCCGCAGCAAAUAACUCAUCAGGAUAUGGUGCACAAGAGUUUGGACAGAAUACCAGAUUCCGAACAAUCAAGACAAAAUCAGGAAUCUCCCAUUUCAAGCCCAGGGACAUCUUCAAGCUCUCCAGUUUUAACUAACGAAGUAUCAGAAAGAAACCACGAUUUCGCUCUGAGAGGUUCAAGCAUCGUUGACGGAUCUUCCGAUGACAGUGAAUCUAUGCCCAAUGAUAUAUCAGGAUACCAUGAUGAUCGAGAUGAAUUCCCUAGCCCUUUAGAGCAGUUAAAAUGUGCUCUAGGAAAAAAUGGUAUGUUGGGUCAAAAAUUGAACUUACCCUAUCCAUCAAAAGAGAAUUGCGUCAGCAGGAAUGGUGACUCAGUGGUUCAAGCAGAAGAAUCAUGUCUAUAUUACGAUAGCAACGAACUUUACAAAUGCCACUUAUGCAAUUAUGCAGGAAACUCGAAACAUGACUUUAAUUUGCACAUGAACUCUCACUUUGACCACAAAUGCCAACAUUGUGACUACACUUCGAGGACGGAAGGCCGUUUGAAGCGUCACAUCAAGGACUUUCAUUCUGCUACACCUCCAGAAAGUUGGGCUGGGACAAGGGUUCCACGGACAGAUGGAAGUGGUGGUGAACAGUCAAUGGAUGACAGUGUCAGCUCUUCAGGAACCGGCAAAUCGCGUACAUACAGAUGCAAACAGUGCAAUUUUGUAGCUUAUAAGAAAAGUGAGUUCUGGUCACACCAUAAGAAGCACAUAAAGGCAGAGAAAUUACUAACAUGUCCUCAGUGUGAAUUCGUCACAGAGUACAAACAUCAUCUUGAAUAUCAUAUUAGAAAUCAUUUCGGGUCCAAACCUUUCAAGUGUAACAAAUGUAAUUACAGUUGCGUAAACAAAUCUAUGUUGAACAGUCACAUGAAAUCUCAUUCCAAUAUUUAUCAAUACCGUUGUGCUAACUGCACCUAUGCUACAAAAUACUGUCAUAGUCUAAAACUUCAUUUGAGGAAAUAUGAUCACAAACCAGCAACAGUACUGAAUAUGGACGGAACUCCAAAUCCAUAUCCUAUAAUAGACGUUUAUGGAACAAGAAGAGGACCCAGAUCAAAGAAGCGAAAAUUAUUAGAAGAGCCAGAAAAUAAUUCAGUUUCGUCAUCAGCAUUAGUUCCUAGUCAACAGCAAAUGAAUUAUUCACCUGUUCCACCACUGUUUCCUCCAAGUGUUCCUGUUAUGUAUCACCCUCAGUUUUUUAAUGGAUAUCACGGAAAUAUUUUUAUGAGACCCCCAACACAAAUGGACAGUGCAGGUAAUGCGUUGACUCAUCACAUGUCUCCAUUUGGUCCAAAGCAUGGAAGUCCCUUAAAAUGUCUCAUGUGUGACUUUGUAACUGAUAUGCAAGAAGUUUUUCAUAAACAUAUGCUUUUCCAUGCUGCUUCUGAAAACCAAGACCUCGUAAAAUUAUGUGGUAUUAAUUCCGAUUCGAUUUUGCAUUUUCAAGACCAACAAAUGGCAAUGAAUAAUUUCUCACAGAAGCAAAGGCAUUACUUGGAAAACUCUCCUCGAACGGAUACUAAUUUUGGUAUUCAAGAUUCUGAGCCCGAGAUUUCCAAAGAUACUUCUCGUAGAAAUGAAUCCAUGUAUGAAUUAAAAAACGUGAAAAGUGAAGAAAAUGGAAUGGACACAGUUCGAAUGGAAAAUAAAUGUUCAAUUCCAAACAAGGAACAUGAGGAAAAAGAAUUUUUUCGCAAGUCUGGUGACAGAAACUCAGAUUGUGCUUCUCAGGAGACGGAACCAGAUGAAGAGAGUGAAGAAAAGGAUGGAAGUUUCAUAACUUCACAUACAUCAGCAUUACCAAAGUCUGCAAAUCAUCACCAACAAUUAGAAAUUUCCAGCUCAACAAAAUAUGAUUCUCAAGAAACAAAGAACUCGGAUCAUGCACCUUUAGACCUCAGCAGUUCAAAGCAAUCAGAACAAAGAUCAUAUGAAAAUUAUUCAGAAAACAGAAUUCAUGAGGAUUCAGUAAUGGAAAUGAGCCAGAACAUUCCUUAUAGAACUGUAAGCACUGCGAAUUCCAGAAAUCGUAGGAAGGGUAAAGCUUUCAAGAUUGAUCGUAAUGUUCAAUAUCAAGAUCAAAAUCUAGUUAAAGAACUUUCUUGCCCAACUUUAAAUCAUACCACGUUUAUAGAUGACCAUGAAAACAAGAACUUACAUAUAACAAAAGACAUUACCCAAUCACCUCUUUCUCAGCAUGUUUUUAACUCAUCGAACUCACCUUCUAGAAACUAUCCAGUCACCGAAACGUCUCAAUGUGUAUCGCCAAAAGAAAAAGCAUUUGGUGAAAUUAGUAAAGCUAAUAGUCAGGAAUGCAUAAAACAAGACGUUUCUUCAAAUUCAAGCGUUAUAAAUUUAGAUAAUGGAAUAAAGUUAUCUAACUCGCAAAGUCUUAAUGUUCCUAAUUCCGACGAGUGCAAUAACGUCUCUGAAAUAGUUCCUAUUGUGCCAAAAAUUGAGAUCGAUAUUGAAGAAGAAACAAGUCCUCGAGAUUUGAAAUGGUCUGAUAUAUACAUUUGUCCAUAUUGCGAUAUAGCUUUCAAACAAUGUGUCAUGUAUCAAAUGCAUAUGGGCUAUCAUGGAUAUGCUGAUCCUUUUACAUGUAACAUGUGUGGACAAGUCAGUAGAGAUGCAGUUGACUUCUCUCUUCAUAUUCUGCGUUCAGCUCAUAAGUAA